AUGGCAGUCACUCUAGACAAGUUGGUCCUAGCCAUCCACUGCCAAGCUACGGGUAAUUCCGGGGGUGGAAAGGGGCUCGCGGGGGCAAGAUUUGUCCUUGUGUGUCGCCUGAGGGUGUGGGACUGGCUUGUCUGGGUGCCAUUGAGUCGUCCUGUGGGUUCUGUAUCCUGUUGCGAAAGCUAUCUCGGUCGCUGGGAAUCGCAUCAACGGCUUCUCCUUCGAAUGAGCUUUGUUCUUGUUCUUGCACCGUUUGGAUACAAUACUCUAUGGUUGCCCUUGUUCGGAUCAGAUUUGCUAACUGUGCCCAAUGUCACGACACUACUCUUGCACAUCCCUCCCGAGACCAUCGCCGAAUUGACAGUCGGAUGCCCAAAUGAGCUGCACCAGAUUGUACGCGAGCAGCUUGGACCCAGGACCACUUGUCUAAGUUUCCGGCUGCAUCAACCCCCCCAACUAGUCGUACCCAAGGGGCCCUUGGCGCCCAGAAGGCAGAGAGAGCAUGGCGACAAGUUGGAUAGCCUAAAGCUCCUAUCGCAAGCAACAUCUUUGGACAUCUACUUCGAUCACGGCAUUCUCCAAGAUGCCACUGCCCGUACUGUCUGCGACCUUGCCGCCUCCCCAAGGGCCAGGUCUGUUGCCCAGUACGCCAACCUGGAUUCUCUUUACGCCGGCAAGGGUGGCGUUGUGCUUGCCGCUGAAUCGCCCCCGUCCCCGCCAACCGCGUUCCCCCCGGCAUACAACGAGCUCUGUGGCACCACCCCACCGCCUCCUCCCCAUCAAGAUCACCCCAGUCCCGCUCGUUCCUCAAGAAAACGACGCAGAAAGAGUCCCGAUCCAUUUGAUGUCGAGUCAAUAUGCCCCAGGGCCGUCAAGGACAUGUUUUCUCUGUAUAAGAAGGACUUGCAGGAGAUGUUAGGAGAAAUCAAGAAUGAUAUCCUGGAUCACGUGGAUAGGCGGCUAAACGAAAUCCAUCGUCUUUCAGACACAUAUAACCGGGAGGAAAUCGAUGAGCUGGUUCAAGAAGUCAGGAACGAUGGCGAAGACUAUACCGAUAGCAAGAUUAACGAUCGUGUGCUGGAUAUCAAGGCAGAACUUAAGGAGUACGCAGAAGACCAACUGCGAGACACGGAGGAGAGGGUCCUGAAGCGGCUGAAGUCGGCGAGCUGGGCCUUGAAGACAGGCGAUGAAUGAUGGCACCGGACUUCAGCGAGAGAAAUCAAGACGCAGCAUUGUUG